AUGGAGGGUGGCUUCACUGGGGGUGAUGAGUACCAGAAGCACUUCCUGCCCAGGGACUACUUGGCCACUUACUACAGCUUCGAUGGCAGCCCCUCACCCGAGGCUGAGAUACUGAGAUACCUGGAAUGUUUCCACAAGACCUUCAGCCCUGGAGGCCUUCAAGGGGACACGCUGAUUGACAUUGGCUCAGGCCCUACCAUCUACCAAGUUCUCGCUGCCUGUGAGUCCUUCUGAGACAUCACUCUCUCCGACUUUACCAACCACAACCGGGAGGAGCUGGAAGAGUGGCUGAAGAAGGAGCCGGGGGCCUAUGACUGGACCCCGGUGGUGAAAUUCGCCUGUGAGCUGGAAGGAAACAGCGGCCGUUGGGAGAAGGAGGAGGAGAAGCUGCGGGCAGCAGUGAAGCGGGUGCUCAAGUGUGAUGUCCACCUGGGCAACCCGCUGGCCCCUGCUGUGUUGCCCCCCACCGACUGCGUGCUCACCCUGCUGGCCAUGGAGUGUGCCUGCUGUAGCCUUGAUGCCUACCGCACUGCACUGUGCAACCUUGCCUCACUGCUCAAGCCGUGUGGCCACCUGGUGACCACGGUCACGCUUCAGGUCUCAUCCUACAUGGUGGGGAAGCGUGAAUUUUCCUGCGUGGCCCUGGAGAAGGAGGAGGUGGAGCAGGCUAUCCUGGAUGCUGGCUUUGACAUCGAACAGCUCCUACAGAAUCCCCAGAGCUACUCUGUCACCAGUGCUACCAGCUCUGGGGUCUGCUUCAUUGUGGCUCGCAAGAAGCCUGGGCCCUGA